AUGCAAAGUUACUUGCUUCUGUGUUAUGCGUUCAUCUGGGUUCUCUGUAACCGGCUUGUACUUAUACACUGUGCGUUCACGGAUGUGACAAAAACAACAGACUUUUAUGAAUUUGAGUCUAGUGGCAAUGAGUUAUUUUACAAUGCUGGACAUAGAAGCAGAAAAAGGCUCAAAGAAACGGGUUCAAAACUGGAGAACUCUAUUUUAAAAUCAAAAGUAGAAGUGCUAGGAGAAGUAUUUAAGAAACAUGUAAACAGCCUCAGAGCAGCAGAUAAUAAGCAGGUUGAGCUAGUGUUUCUUGUGGAUUCUUCUGCCAGCGUGGGUCAAGAUAAUUUUGAGAGCGAGCUGAAGUUUGUUCGGAAGCUGCUUGCAGAUUUUACCGUAUCGGAGAAUGCUACACAUGUGUCUGUGAUUGCAUAUUCAUCCCCUGACAAUGUGGUACGUUACAUCGAUCAUAUCACUUCCCCUUCGCGUACAAAUCACAAAUGUGGCCUCUUGCAUUAUGAACUACCAAAUAUUAAGUACACUGGUGGUGGGACAUAUACCAGAGGAGCUUUACUUGAAGCUCAGGCUGUGCUGCAGCAUGGCCGUCGAGAUUCACGACGUGCCCUUUUCCUCAUUACUGAUGGCUUCUCAAAUGGAGGUGAUCCUUUGCCAGUAGCACGUGAACUUAAGGAGCAAGGUGUUACCAUAUUUACAUUUGGGAUACGUAAUGGUAACACAAAAGAGCUCUAUGACAUGGCAUCACAACCUGGAGAAGAAUAUUCAUAUAUCCUAGACAGUUUUGGAGAAUUUGAAGCCUUAGUUAGGAGAGCAUUACAUCAAGAUCUUAAGGCUGGCAGUUAUCAGCCCUUGAACAACUUUUCAUUCUGUGACUCACUGUGCUCUGCCAGAUCGGACUGCUGCGACAAAUUGGCCUCUUGCAGUUGUGGGACUCAUACAGGACACUUCUCUUGCCUGUGCCCCCCUGGGUACUAUGGUUCUGGACUCGCUAGUUCUUGCAAACUUUGUCCAAAUGGAACAUACUCAUUAGGAUUAGUUCCUGGAGAUGUCUCUGUAUGUGUGCCCUGUCCUGACCUAAACCAUAUGACACUCGGACCAGCAAGUUCUGUCCGGGAUUGUCAGUGCAAGAAGAGCUUUGUUUCCAUUGGUGACCAAUGUAAAGGUAAGAAUGUGGAGUCCUAUUAA